GUUCCGUGCCUUGCCGCCAGUGCGAGAGAGCGCCGCCAUCGAUUUAGCAGGAAUGAGCGAGUAGGUUGGAAAGUUUUUGGAAACUUGGUACCGUGGACGCAGAGAGACGCGAGAGGUCUCUAGAGGGGUGGCGUUCGCACGAGGUGCUCACUUCCGCUUGCGCCGUAGCAAGCCACGUGACAUGAGCAACAAACUCUUCACGCAAGUUUACCGACGCAUUCCUGCCGGGCCGGUUGCCGCGAGUUCUUGUGCGCGAUCCCGUUGUCCCACUGUGAUGUUGUGAGUAACACCGGCGGCCUCGUUAAAUCCUAACAUUAGAACAUUAGGGGAAUAGAUAGCCUUAGCGGUAACCGUUUUCUUGGUUUCAAAGGGCCCCAUAAGCAGUUGCCUUGGCUCCUUCACCGGUAUUUGUGGGCUACAGCCUUGUCGGCGUGUACCCCUGCGCGGUCUUUAAACCGCGUGAGACCACAACAACCACAUCAUCCUCAACCCAGACCCAGACGGGACCGACGCGAUCCAGAGUGGCAGGCGCCAACAGAACGCAGCCGUACACACUGCCCCAACAGCAGACACAACACCAGCAAACUGCACCUUCCUAUCAAUCGAAUCAAAACCAAAACCAAAACCAAAACCAAAACCAGUACCAAAAUCAGAACCAGAUCAAUCAGAACCCGACCACGGCCGCCACCAGGGUCCAACCACCGCAACUGCUGGUUGCCGCCUGUAGUUGCCGAGAAACAACCGCCUCCAACGACUUGAGCCAACUGACCUCUGCUUCCUCCAGCGCGACACCAAUGCUCUUCGUCCCCUUCUCGGUGCCUAACUUUGGCCCGCCCAUCAGUGGUACCAACCAGCAUGCUGCCAACUGCAGCCCUUCAAAGGACAUGAAAGGUGGGUGGUCGGCAUCACCAGGGACCACUGCACCGACGCUGCUGGCGGUGCAGCCGCUCCUCACACAGGCCAACACCCCAACUCAAACGACGCAACCGCAGACAGCCCCAAAACAGGAUACCUCAAAACACCAUCACAUCUUUGUAGGAGAUCUGAGCCCGGAGAUUGAAACACAAACGUUGAGGGAGGCAUUUGCGGCAUUCGGCGAGAUCUCGGACUGUCGCGUGGUGCGCGACCCACAAACUCUCAAGUCGAAAGGGUAUGGGUUCGUCUCGUUCAUCAAAAAAGCGGAAGCGGAAAGCGCCAUCGCCGCCAUGAACGGUCAAUGGCUUGGCAGCCGCAGUAUUAGGACCAAUUGGGCAACCAGGAAGCCACCAGCUCCUAAAAACGAAGUAAACUCAAAACCUUUAACAUUCGAUGAGGUCUACAACCAAAGCAGUCCUACCAAUUGUACGGUAUAUUGUGGAGGCAUCACAAAUGGAUUGAGUGAAGAAUUAAUGCAGAAAACAUUCGCACCAUUUGGAACUAUUCAAGAAAUUCGGGUAUUUAAAGAAAAAGGAUAUGCAUUCGUUCGUUUUUCCACCAAAGAAUCUGCCACUCAUGCUAUUGUGGCGGUCCACAACACUGAUAUCAAUGGUCAAAUCGUCAAGUGUUCCUGGGGGAAGGAAUCAGGAGAUCCAAACAAUGCCCCAGUCGCUGGCCAGUGUGCUUUACAGGCUCUAACUAGCACCCAAUAUCCUUAUGGAGCCUACGGGCAACAGCUCGGAUACUGGUAUCCCCAGAGCUUCCCCACAACGGCUGCGGCCGCUCAAAUGCAAGGACAGUUUUUGCAAGGCAUACAGGGUUACGCUUACGGUCAAUUUGCUGGGUAUCAACAGUCUUACAUGGGGAUGGGAAUGCAAGUACCUACUACAUGGCAGGGAAUACCUGGUCAGCCGCAGCUGCCAACAACCCAACAGAUGGCAGCCCCGGGGGCGGCUUUACAGCAGCCGGGUCUGGUGUUUCCCAUCCAGCAGUACCAGGCUCAAUGAAAACACACAUUAGCCACCGAGUCUACAUAGUGAUAUUUUAAUACUGUUCAGGAAAACCCGUUUAUUGAUUUAUCGCGGAAUUGCAAUGUUCGUGCCAAAUUUCUCGACUCUAUUCACCCCCACCGAUGUUUAGCCCAGAAUGUAACCAAAGAAUAUAUGUAUAUGUAAUAUAUUACACGCGCAGAUGAGUCAUUGAAAUCCAUCCAUAGUUAGUUCACUUCAGGAGGCGAUUUUUCCUGUUAGGCUUCUCACUUUUUUGGGUGAAUGCGAAGAGAGGUUGUAGAUCCUGCACUGCACGUGGCUAUUUUGGUCACGAUCCCUGCCCGUUAGCUCACUGGAUGCCUAAGCAUGACAUGACGUAUGUUGGCAGCUAACAGAAGAAGACUGGUUGGCUCCUAGUCUAUUGGUGUGAUUGCCGUAAUCCAGUUACUUCAAUGGGUCCUGUCGACAACGCACUUGAAAGUGCAGCCCUAUUUGCCUCUUGCUGUUACGAUUUUAAUGAAUCGUGUCGUUCGUAUAACCCAGCACAAUUAGAACAUCGUUCGGGAGUGUUUCGCUUCGUUUAGUUUUCGAUGCUUUUCCUACUCGCACUGUACAAUCGCAAAUAUUUUCCUAAUCCUAAAAUCUUUGAAUCUAAAACAGCUUUGAAGUAAGAAUAUUUAGAAUUUAUUAUUUACAUAGAGUGUAAAGGUCUCGAUCUAAACGAAGCUCCUACCAUGUUCUGAUUGUACUGGUCUAAGAGAAUAUCUGGUUGUUUCGUUUAGUUAGAAAAAUCUCCAUGUUGAACAUGUUUAGAUGUAAGAGUUUAUAUUUGUAAAAACUUCGACCGAUCGGUCCCUGUUCUGCGUUUAUGAUUUCGUGUUCUCACUUGUACAAACAUAAGUAGGCUAAGGAUUUAGUCACUGUGGACGAGACGAGAUCGUAGGACGAUCGUAGAUUAGAUAGCGUUAGGGGAAUUGGCGACGCGUUUUGUCAAUUGGUCGGCCACCACCAAGCAUAUACAUACUGUAAUAUUACUGUACAUACAGAGAGAUAUCGCAUAUAAGCAGUUAUUGAGAUGUGAUGUCAGUAGUGAACGUAGAACUGCUUUGUCGACAAGUGUUAGGCUCUCAUCUCAAAACACGACGCAUAAUAUACAUAGCCUAACGUGAUAUCGCAAAAAAAAUCCGACAUUUUAUAUAUACAUAUAUAAUAUGAAUGGAGGAAAGUUUUGAUACAAGAAUUAAACAAGUAUACCGCAGUCUAUACAUAGAUAGGAUGACGAGUAUUAUUUAGCGUUUAUAUUAUUAUAAAUAGCUAUAUGUUCGUUAAUGGCAGUAUAUUUGCACGCUAAAAUGUAGGAGCACCACAUAUGUAACGGCUGUAUUCAUGUUAUAAGUGUAAAGGAAGCCCUGCCCUUCGUAUGGUUGUACAAAUAUCAAUUAAAUUAAGUAUAUUAUCGUAUCAUUUCCACGCGACUUGUGUACCGUACGUUUGGACUAGUCAAUUACUUGCUGCAACACGUUCCACACGUACCGCUCAGCGAUCGUCUCUCUUGUCGGUAACCCUAUCAGCAAAACCUCUUAAUGCACAAACGCAUUCACGUUUAGUUGCCGUUAUCAAAGAGUUAUGCUUUCCGACGGCUUUGAAACCAAUGCUUUCCGACGUUAAUCAAAGUUAAAAUAAAGUAAACGAAAAAAGUAUAUAAAAAACUGAAAAGCGGACUACAAAAUAUUCUUUCCUCGUCGACAAUCACCGUUUUUAUCAAAUCUCCGUUUUAAGUCAGCUUCAAUCAAAAAGACGGUAUUCAAUUCGACUGACAAUAAAUUAGUUUCUGUUACCUGCAUGGAGUCUUCAAUUUAAAAGUAUCAAAAGUAUCAAUUUCUUAAGACUUUUGAAUUUAAAAAGAAAGGUCGAUGAUUAUCGUUGCCGAUAGAUUAUUGUUAUCAUUACCGUUCUGUGAUAUUAAUUUUAAACGACGUUAACGCUUCUUAUGGCUGAAUGGGUUACUUCGCUUGCAUUUAACCAACAUGUGUAUGUAUGAUUUGUACGUUUAAUGCAGAUGAAGACAUGUUGAUGCAGAUGCCGAUGACUAUCGGUCAGCAAGCGUAAAGUUUAAAAGUAAAACGUGUUAAGUCAAAUGUAGAACAUAUCACGGGGUUAAAGCGUUGCGUUAUGUUGCGUUGUGUCGUUCUAGUCGUUCAUGUUGGUUUUAUGAAAGCAACGCCUCUUUUUUCGAUAGACGAUGUUACCGGAAUACUAAUUGUCAAUAUUUUCUUUUUAAGCUACAAGAGUAGAUAUAAAUAUAUACGUGCAUUGAUAUUUUCUCGAAGUACUCUGAUGUUUAGAAAUAUUAUAAAUGGAGUAACAAAAAAAAUAAUAAAAAUAAAUAAAGAACCGCGUGCUUGAUUUCAUUUCCAUACUAACACUGUAAGUAAUUUUUAAAAAAUGGCCAAAGAACUAUUUUUGUGUGCUAGACCAUUUUCAGAGAUAAAAGCGAACUACAAAACAAAAAUAAAUGUGGAGUUGUGUGGAAAAGAAAUUGAGGUGAAGUAUAAAAAUGUAUAGGCAACCUAUUUUUAUUAGGGAAAUGCGGGACUUACAUGUGCGAAUUUAUUUUUUACUUAGAACAGAUUCGAACGAAAAUCAAAAGCGUUUUAUUAUUAAGUUAUGUUGAGUUUCGUUGAACUUCGAAUUUAGUACUCUGUAGAAACGAGAGAAAAAACAAAUUCAGCAGCAAAGGUCUUCUUAAGGCGAAAACGGUGAUUAAAUAGUUUAUUGUAAAUCUAGAUAGAACAAAUAUUUAAGGAAAAUAAAAUUUAAAAAAGAAAACAAACCUUUGCUAGCUGAUAACAGGGUGACAAUUGUAUAAAAAAGUGUUUUAUAUCACAAGCUAUAUAACGCAUUACAUAUAAGCGUGUAUAUAGCACGCACCCAGAUAACAAAAAUAUUAUAUACAAAAAUACAACAAACCUAGGUUAUUAUAUGUAGAACAUGGAAUUGAAAUAAAGACAGUUACAAACAA